CUUAUUCUUUGCAACAUCAUAGUUUUGACAUUCCUCUAUCCAACUCAUACCAAUGAAAAAUCAUUUGAUGUGUAUUCAGCUUAUCUCAUACAUUGGAACAAGUUGUGCCUUACUUUAUCUCGGCAGCUUUGAAGACACAAUUAUUUGGUGAAUCCAUUUGAUUUAUAUAAUUUUAUUAAGGAAAUACCUGAAGCUCUUCCUCUGUUUUUCCUAAAGAAAACAUCUGCACAAUACUUUUUUUCCUUUUUGCACAACUGCUGACUCUGGCUGACACAAUGCCUGAAGUAAAGUGUAAAAUUAGACACAAAAAUGAACUGUCUUAAAAUAAGAAAACACAAAUGAAUUACUUGUUGUGCUGAAUCAAAAGAAGCAUUUUGGAGGAAAAAAAUGGAAUAUAGUUUGUCAAUAUAUUAGUACAAGGAUGCAGAAUACUGAGGGAAACUGUGAAAGAACAUCCCUGGUUUUAUGAGAUGUUGAAUGCACCUCCUGAUUUAAGAGACUUGUUUUUCACAUUGACUUCUCUAGUGAAAACGAUCUUUCUUUAACUUUUUAUUAGCUCCGAGUAAAGUUAAAUAAGGUACUACUGCAAAAGGUUUCAUUAGUUUUUGGGAGAUGAAGCCGUGUUAUAGGCAACAACUCUUAACACAGACAGAGAGCUGAGCGGCUACUUUGUGUUACCUGCUUCUUUUCAAAGCUAAUUUGCGCUAAAAAACCGCCUCAACAUUUCUUCCAUUUUGCACCACCUCGAUAAAAACCGCCUCAGGACCAUGAAUCCGCUGUCACUGUGACAGAUCUGGCAGAAGCAAAGUUUUAAUUCAAAAAGAAAAAUAAAAAUCUCACCGUCUAGCUCUGCGUGCAACACCCAAAGUAAGGGAUAAUCGUCUUGCCUGAAACUCAUUCUAACGCUCCGCUAAAGGAAACACCGAAAGGUAAAAGUAUCUUCUCUCCCUAGCAACGUCGCUAAGAAAUGGGGCGCCGCGACCACGGUUUUUUUACGAAAAACACACUUUUUUCAGGAGGAAGAAACACAACCAGAACGGCAGAGCUCCGCACGACUGCGGGGCGGGGAGGGCUCGACAACCAACCAAUCAGCGCCCGCCGCGCUGCUAUAAAAGCGGCGCCGCUGCGAGUACUGCAGCCAUUGCGGUUUAGUGUGUGCUCGUAGGUAUGUCGGAGACAGCUCCUGCUCCCGCUGCCGAGGCAGCGCCCGCCGCCCCGGCCCCUGCUGCCAAGGCCGCCGCCAAGAAGCCGAAGAAGGCGGCGGGCGGCUCCAAAGCCCGCAAGCCCGCCGGUCCCAGCGUCACCGAGCUGAUCACCAAGGCCGUGUCCGCCUCCAAGGAGCGCAAGGGGCUCUCCCUCGCCGCGCUCAAGAAGGCGCUGGCCGCCGGCGGCUACGAUGUGGAGAAGAACAACAGCCGCAUCAAGCUGGGCCUCAAGAGCCUUGUCAGCAAGGGCACCCUGGUGCAGACCAAGGGCACCGGCGCCUCCGGUUCUUUCCGCCUCAACAAGAAGCCUGGCGAAGUGAAGGAAAAAGCUCCCAAGAAGCGCACGGCUGUGGCCAAGCCCAAGAAGCCGGCAGCUAAGAAACCUGCCAGUGCCGCUAAGAAGCCCAAGAAAGCGGUGACAGCCAAGAAGAGCCCCAAGAAAGCCAAGAAGCCGGCAGCUGCUGUCAAGAAAGUAGCUAAGAGCCCCAAGAAGGCGACUAAGGCUGCUAAACCCAAAAAGGCAGCAGCCAAGAGCCCGGCCAAGGCAAAGGCGGUGAAGCCCAAAGCAGGCAAGCCCAAGGUAGUCAAGCCCAAAGCCAAGGCAAAGAAGGCAGCGCCCAAGAAAAAGUAGGCU